AUGGAACCCUAUUCGCGUCUUUCCUCGUCUCAGGCUGGCACGUUGCAUCUGCCACAGGCUCUCGUUCUAUUGCUCAAGUCCGCUUUGGCCCAGUCAGCCAAUGUUCAGGCCACACAAGGCUUCGCCGACCUUACCCUGUGGGACACUAUAAGACUUUCCACUUACCGCUUGAUCCUUUUCAUCAACCCUUUUGUGAACCGAGGCAACUUUGUCACUUCAGCCAUCGUGGGCAUGGUCAAACUGACGGCUCUGUGCGGCUCUGCUUACUGGGUGUGGAAUCGGCCGGGCAGGAAAGGGAGGUCUACUCCGUCCAUCCACUCCCAGUACGUGCAAGACGCCAGUCAAGACGAUGCUGCCACUAACGAUCCGGGACUCUUGAGGAAGCACUCCACUAUCCAGUCAUACACAGUCCCCUCCUCUAAAAUUACAUACCCUGCUAUUCGAACCUUCUACAGGCCGCACCCUCAGGAAAGUAAAUUUCCCAGGAAACCAAAUCCGGUACCCUUGUUGGUGUUCAUCCACGGCCUUGGCGGAUCAACUGCCCAAUUUCACCCAAUCCUGCUGAGUCUGUCCAAUCUCGCUUCAUGCUUAGCGAUAGAUCUCCCAGGAUGUGGCCUCUCUCUGUUCGAUCCCAAGACCUCCGAGGCCUACACCACGGAUGCACUGGUUCAACUUCUAGCGGUCGUCAUAGAGCAGCAUCGUGCCAAAGACGAAGACCAGACUGUCGUCUUGAUCGGGCACAGCAUGGGAUGCUCGCUUGCGGCACUUCUGGCCUCGCCAACAUCACCUCACGCCAGCCUGCUUUCACGACACGUUAGUGGACUAAUUGCUAUAUGCCCCAAGGCAGACCCGCCGACCGAGCAUCAGACGCAGCUUCUGCGCCGAGUGGCUUCGGUCCCUGCUGUGUUGUUCGAUCUGUAUCGACGGUGGGAUCGCAGAGGAGGCCUCAACAGCGCAAGUGUUUUGCGAAUGGCAGGGAUAGAUGCUGAGGAGGAGACGAAGAAGCUCCAGCUGCGGUUCAACAGACAGAGCAGAACGGCUGUUUGGCAGCGUAUGGCGCGUGGAAUGUGUCCGGACUACUCAAUCACUCCUCCUAAAGGCGGCCUUCCUGGACGGAAAACCUGGGAGGGCUUACAGAUACCUGUAUUCCUUAGUGCUGCCGAGGCUGACGAGGUCACUCCGGCUGAGAAUGUAAAGCGAAUCGUCGAUUUCCUCGGGCGAGAUGUGGGGGCCAUCGAGCCACCUAGCGAGAAAGCAAGCUUGCCGAUAGCAGCAGCACCUUUCGACCCGGCUGUGAUUGAUGCCGCUAUGUCAGAGCGCAAACAUCAAGAUUCUGGAAUCGACGCCAGUGAUCUUCCGCGAGUCGAUGAUACAAAAGCGCCCAGCACAACAGCUGCCUCCACGCUUGGCGACAGCUUGAUCGAGACCGAAAGCCGCACAACCGAGGGCAGCGUUGUCAUUACAAACCCAAUAUCGAGCGACGUCACACCUGUACCGUCGUCCAACAGUCCCUCGCCUCAUCCACGCCGGCUCGUAGUUAAGACCACGAUUAUGCCCAAGCCUGCGGCUCACUCGAUGCUCUUCGCCCCUUCGACCUCGCGCACCCUCUCCGGCCUCAUUGGCAGCUUCCUCGCCGACCACAUUGAUCCACGCUUGUCCCUCGCGUGGCAGCUCCAAUAUCUCUCGACGGAAAGCAAAUGGGACGUCAAGAACCUCGAGAAAUGGCAAGCCGUGCGCCCCGUCUCAGACCCCAUAGCCAACACCUUCCGCGCGAUGAAGACGCUGCGCGAAGUCGACGAGCGCCAUGCGCCCAAGGUCGUAGCAAAAGAGUGGGCAGGGAAGCUAUGCGCCAUCAUCGACAUCUCGCACGACAACCCCGUGUACGACCCCAAAGGCCUCGAGGAAGGCGGCAUCGAAUACUAUAAGUUCCCGACGGUCUCAAAACAACCGCCCAUGAAGGACGAAGUCCAAGCCUUCAUCGAACUAGUCGACCGCAUCAGCAGCCACUGUCAAGAGCAAGGAACGCAAGGUCUGAUUGGCGUGCACUGCCACUACGGAUUCAACCGCACGGGCUUCUUCCUCGUGUGCUACCUCGUCGAGAAGCUGGGCUUCCGGCUGGAAGACGCAAUCGAGACGUUCCGCCAAGCGAGGCCGCCAGGGAUCAGGCAUAGUCAUUUUAUUGAUGAGCUGCAUGUCAGGUAUUGUAGUGGGUUGAGGAGGGCGCCGACGCUGUAG